UCUGCUCCAGCUGCGCUCUGAUGUCCGAAGGCUCGUGAACUCGGAAAGAGACAGUUCAAGGACUGGGAACCUGAAUUUGGAACAUCCGUGAGAGUCUACAAUUAUAUCCAAUAUUCCUUAAUACUCAGCAACCAGGGGAUUUGUCCUGCCCAAUACGCGCAACGUACUCGUAUGGGAAGACGUGUUAAACCAGAAUCAGAGUUUAAGGACUGAAAGGAUUCCAAGGAAGAAACGCGGUGUUUCUUAACGAAAAUGAUGGACUCUACCCUCGUCAUUCGACUGAUGCUGGUGUCUCUGGUGUAUUUAAAUACUUCUGCCAACAAACUGAAUGUCCCGCGCCUGCGACUCUCAUACAGAGAGCUGCUCUCCUCUAACCGUUCGUGGCUCUUCUCCGGCCUGCUGUCUGAGCUGCAGCUGACCAGUGUGUUUGUGGACGAGUACCACGACCGGCUCUUCCUGGGGGGCAAAGACACGCUCUACUCGCUACGCCUGGAUCACACGCACACGCACGGAGAGGUGAAAGAGAUCUACUGGCCUCCGUUGCCUGGAAACAGAGAGGAGUGUGUGUCCAACGGCAAAGACUUAGAGACGGAGUGCGCUAAUUUUGUGCGGCUGCUGCAGCCCUUUAACCGGACACAUCUGCUGGCCUGCGGCACUGGAGCUUUCAAACCUGUGUGUGCCCACAUCAAUGUUGGUCACCGUGGAGAGCACGCAUUUUCUCUGGAACAUUCCUCAGUGGAGAAUGGCAGGGGAAGAUGCCCUCAUGACCCCAAGAUGCCCUUUGCCAGCACCUUCACUGGUGGAGAGUUGUACACAGGCCUCACGGCUGAUUUUCUGGGCAGGGACUCGGUGAUCCUGCGGAGCAUGGGCUCUCGCUCUCCCAUGAGGACCGAGACUGACCAGCCGUUACUGCACGAGCCCAAGUUCAUAGCCGCUCACCGUAUCCCUGACAGCGAGGAUCCCGAUGAUGAUAAGGUCUACUUCUUCUUCAGCGAGCGGGCCGACACAGACAGCCGCGAGGGGGCCAUACACACCCGCGUGGGAAGAGUGUGUGUGAAUGAUGCAGGAGGCCAGAGGGUGCUGGUGAACAAAUGGAGCUCUUUCAUCAAAGCCAGGCUGGUGUGUUCAGUUCCCGGCCCCCAUGGCAUCGACACACACUUCGACCAACUGGAGGACGUGUUUGUGCUGCGCACCAAAGAUGAGAAAAACCCAGAGAUCUACGCCAUCUUCAGCUCCAUCAGCAAUGUGUUCCAGGGCUAUGCGGUGUGUGUGUUCCGCAUGGCUGAUAUCCGUGAGGUCUUUAACGGACCCUUCGCUCAUAAGGACGGACCUGAUCACCAGUGGGGGCCCUAUGAGGGCCGAGUCCCCUACCCCAGACCUGGAGUGUGCCCCAGUAAGUUGACGGCUCAGCCAGGGCUGGGUCACAGCAGCACUCUGGACUUCCCCGACGCCGUGCUGCAGUUUGCCCGCGCUCACCCGCUCAUGUGGCGCAGUGUGUACCCGGUGGGCCGCCAGCCCGUGCUGCUGCGCACACACACGCCCUAUCGGCUCACACACAUCACCGUGGACCGCACGCAGGCCGACGACGGACCCUACGACGUCAUGUUCAUUGGCACAGAUGUUGGCACAGUGUUAAAGGUCAUCGCCCUGCGUAACGGAAAUGCCCUGAUGCCAGAGGAAAUCACUUUAGAGGAGCUGCAGGUCUUCAAGGUGCCAACUCCCAUCACCUCCAUGGACAUCUCAGUGAAAAGGCAAGCCCUAUUCGUGGGCUCCAGCGCAGGUGUGGCCCAUGUGCGUCUGCACAGGUGUGACCUGUACGGGGGCGUGUGUGCGGAGUGCUGCCUGGCGCGGGACCCCUACUGCGCGUGGGACGGUAACGCCUGCGUCCGCUUCGCCAGCCACAAGCGCCGCUACCGCAGACAGGACAUCCGCCACGCCAACCCAGCACAGCAGUGCAUGGACCAGAACCUCAGUGUAGAGGAGCUGGACGUGGUGGACAGCCGAGUGGUGUAUGGCACGGAGAACAACAGCACCUUCCUGGAGUGUGUGCCCCGCUCCCCACAGGCCACCACCAGCUGGCACCUCCAGCGGGACGAGAGCACGGAGGAGGUGGCCUACGACGACAGGGUGCUGAAGAUGGAGGGCGGCCUGCUGUUCCGGCGGGUGGCUCCGUCUGACGCGGGCGCGUACGUGUGCCGCUCCAGAGAGCGCGGCUUCUCCCAGGUCAUCGCCCGCGUCUGGCUGGACGUCCUGCGAGGGGACACCCUGACCGACCUCAUGUCCCGCGACACCAAGCACCGGCCCUGGCUCCCCUGCCCCGCCUCCCACCCGGGCCCGGCCAAUCGCGGGCCCUCGCCGCGCUCCUGGUUCAAGGAGGUGCUGCAGCUGAUUGGCCCCCAGGGCCUGCCGGAGGUGGAGCAGUACUGCGAGAGGGUGUGGUGCAGCGACAAGCUCCGCCUCCGCCGCAAGCACAAGACCAUGAUGGAGAAGUACAAGCAGGCGCAGGAGUCGGCGCGCAAGUCCCGCAACCGCACGCCCCGCGACACACACACACACACCCGCGCGCGCGCCACACACACACACACACCUGAGUGACGCACACCAGAGGGAGAGAGAGAGAGAGAGAGAGAGAGAGCUGUGUGUGGAGGACUGCUGGAAACAAGAACUUUUUUUAAUGAAUUACACAAAGGGAAAGGGACGACCCACUCCCAUCCACACACACACACACACACACACACACACACACACACACACACACACACACACACACACACACAGAGUUAAGCACUCACAAAUACACUUGUGAACAGAUGCUUGUGGACCGAUGGUCUGUUGAUGAUGCUGUUAUUAAACUGGAUGUGUGUGUGACGUGCGUUGGGCGGCAGCUGUCCGUGGACGAGGGUGUCAUUUCCCACGGAGCCUUGCAGGCCUGUGAGCUCUGGGGGAGUUCUGGACUCUAGAUUUCAUUCUAUUUAACUUAUUUAACCACACAGGGAUGUGUGCUAGCUGAUGGACACUUAGAGAAAAAACGUGUCUCUGUAUAAUCAAACACACACACACACACACACACACACACACACACACUCGCACGCACUCCUGAACAAAUGAACUAUUGAACUUUUUUUUGUUUGUCUUUUUUGACAUGCUGUAUGUGUUUAGACAUUCAGCUAUGCACUUGUCUACUUUUUCUGUCUCUGUUUCUGUAACUUGUCCAUAGUCUGUGUGAGUCCUCGUCUCAGCUGGGUUCUCAUGAGGAUACGGUGUCCAGGUUCCCUGAGAGGUCCGUGUGAUGCCAAGCCUGUCGGGUCAGCUGCUUAGUGGACUCCUUGGAGGCGUAGAUGGAGAUUAGAGUGUUGGAAGGAGGAGGACACCACCCUCAACUGUUCAAAGCAAAACUGGAAAAGAUUUUCUCCACUUUUAAAGUCAUUAAAUCCGAUGAAGUCUUUCAGCCACUAUGAACAAUGAAAUUCAUGGACAAUAUCAGACUAACCUAGCUAUGAUACCAACCAUCUUCCCACUCUGAACUCUUUUUAUAUGUACUGACCUGAAAGCCAAUGGGCUGGAAAUGAAGUAGUCUGCUGUUUGUAGUUCAUUCAGGUGAUUAACAAAAUGUAGUUAUCUAAGACAAUAAUUACUAAAUGGCAUAUAGGAAACCAUGAGCUUAUUAUUUAAUGGUGUUUCUGUAAUUAUUCUACACAGUCAGUAGUAAUAGGAACAAUAGGUGUCAGUGUCAUUUUGUACAGCUUUCUAAUACAGGUAAAUUAAAGGUACAGUAUGUGAUUCUACUUUAACGCGCUGUUUGUUCAAAUCACUUGCUGCAUCCCACAGUGCUCUAGUUGCGCUCUUUGUUUGCACUUGUUUGCAGUUUGAUUGGCUGAUGAGUUCAAAUGUCCAACAACUUUUUGCCAGAACUGAUUACUCUGCCUUCACAACUGCCUUGAAAAUAAAAUAGCAAGUCAGAUGUGAUACUAAAAUCUCACCAAAAAUGGUCAAGUCAUGGUUAUGUCAAUAGUACCAGUGGUUAUGUCAAAAGUAGCAGUUCCUGUACUGUACGUUAUACACGUAUAUGUUGUCAGGAAGAAUCUUGCUGAUAUGAUGCUGCAGCUCUCCUGUUCCAGUCCUAAUGAUUUAUGCUUUAUGGCUUGAAGUUGUGAAGUACUUCCAUAGAUGUCUAGCUUUGUUUUGUUUUGUUUUUUUCAAAUUCCACAACUGCAUAAAAUGUACCAUACCUACAACAUUUUUAAUCAAUAAAUGUACUUUUAACACCUG